AUUGGAAUUAUAUCUUCGUUUGCAGGAUUUCAUUACUCUUCAUUUGAAGAAGAUGGAUUUAGAAGAUCGCGAAACACCGGAAGUUACUGACGAAUUGUACAACGUAAUGGAAUCCAUUCGUGCACACCGUGAAGCAUUGCGUAGUUAUCGACAAACAGGCUGGUGGACUGGUAAUGCUGCUUGUGCUCUUGUCACAUCAUCUGAUGAAAAUGCAAAGCCAAUGGGCGUACGUCGUUCAUUCCAAAGGCUACCUUUGGAAGGAGCACCAGAAAAUGAACCAGUUACACCGAUACAUACAAAACCCAAACUUACAGCCAGUGAUGUAGAACCAUUGAAACAGUUAUUGAAUAUGCGACGACAGCAGCAGUAAACAAAAUUAUUCGUGAAUUUUUUCCUUUCAUCUAAAAGAAAAAGCAAGGAUAUGUGAAAAGAACUUCUGGACUGCAGUGAAUACUUCUAUUUCCAAAACAAAUUUUUUUUUAGUUGAUAUGUUUUUAAAGUCUUUGAUCAUUUUUUAUUUAAUAUUAACGGGAAAUAAUGGAAGACAAAAAGUUA